UAAUGUAUGCUGUCAGAAAUGAGUGUAGUGUUACCCUUAGAAAUGUAGUGACAGGCCAGGAGCACACAGGAGGUUUCCUGAGUGCUGGUAAUACUCUUGCUCCAUCUGGGUGCUGGUUACAUAGGUGUGUGUUCAGUUUAGGAGAAUUCAUCAAGCCAUGCAUUUAUGAUAUGUGCAAUUUUCUGUGUGUGUCUUAUAUUGCAACACAAAGUUUAAAAAGGAGAACUUCUCUGGUUGAAGCCUGGGGAGGGGCAGAGAGAGGGAGGGCUGGGAACCAUCCACAGCUUUGCCCUUCCAUCCCCCUGCGGGUAGCCCUUUGAAGGAUUUCCAAGGGAACCUAAGGUUCCUUAGAGUAUAGCCUGAAGUCCUUGGUCUGUCCCAGCAGAGCUCAGAAGAGGUCAGUGACUUGUCCAAGGUUCCACAGAGCCAGCACUAGAACCCAGGUCUCCUGACUCUCAGGCCAGGGCCCUGCAUGUGAUUCCUUUGGUAAAGGGCUGGUGUCCUGAGUAAGGAUGCGGAGCAGCCAGUCACCUCCUCCCACCUCUCAACUACCUUAACUUGGACCUUGGGAGGAAAGCCAAGACUCUGAUGUGAGUGAUGCUUUUCUCAUCCUGGAUUGACUUCCUUUCUGGGAACUGGGUGUCUCCUUCUGGGCAAAGACAAUAAAAUUCAUCCGAAGGGCCAGAGGAGCAGGGCUCCUCCUGUCCCCAUCCGGAUGGGCAUCACGUGGCUCCUGGGUUAGCAGUCCAGGAAAAUUCCAGCCCUUGCACACUUGGCCUCACAUAGCCAUCUGCUCACUCACCCUGGCACACUCAGCCUUCCUAACCCACCUUGAACAUUCACCAUCGCAAGCUCUUUUCAUCCUCAGCUUCUGCUGUUUUGGGGCAAUGGGUGAAGAAGAUGAGGAGGAGGAGAGCCUGGACUCCGUGAAGGCACUGACGGCCAAGCUGCAGCUGCAGACUCGGCGGCCCUCCUAUCUGGAGUGGACAGCCCAGGUCCAGAGCCAGGCCUGGCGCAGGGCCCAACUCAAACCUGGGCCAGGAGGACCCGGGGCCAUCUGUGGCUUUGACUCGAUGGACUCCGCUCUUGAGUGGCUCCGACAGGAGCUGCGGGAGAUGCAAGCUCAGGACCGGCAGCUGGCGGGGCAGCUGCUGCGGCUGCGGGCCCAGCUGCACCGGCUGAAGAUGGACCAAGUCUGUCACCUGCACCAGGAGCUGCUGGAUGAGGCCGAGCUGGAGCUGGAGCUGGAGCCUGGGGCGGGCCUGACCCUGGCCCCGCCGCUGCGUCACUUGGGCCUCACACGCAUGAACAUCAGCGCCAGGCGCUUCACCCUCCGCUGAGGGACACCUGCUGUCACUUCCCCAGGCUGCCUGGGAAGAGGGAGGGAGGGGUGCCCCAGAGGCCCAGCACCUGGUGGGGAAGCGGGGAGCACUCAGGUCUCUCAGAAAUGAGUCCCAAGGGUGCAAACCAGGACCAUCCUGUCACCCCUGCUGCCCUAGCUGGCCAGGGGGAAGGGGAGGAGCUCAGACCCCCAAGCUCCUCAAUAAACACCCUUUGUGCUUCCCA